AAUAAUUGCACUCUCUUUUAAUAAUGGUACGAUUAUAAUCUUUGGGUUUAUAAAUUCUCCCAACCUCUGACAAAACAUUCCUAUUAUUCUUCUUCUCUUCUUCUUAUGCUAUAAAACUAUAAACCGUUCUUUGAAUUCUUCCAUGGAAAAAACAGUAUCAGCCAGUGGCAAUGAAACCAGAAAUUACCAACCUGAGGAAAGUGGUUGGACUUCAUACUUUGAAGAUUUCUCUAAACACAUUGAACCAAGUUAUUGCUCUUCAAGUUUAGGUGGUUCCUCUUUGGUCUCAGAUGCUGCUUCUUCUGCUGCAUGGAAAUUCUCACAUAAAAAUCAUAUUAGAAACUCAUCAAACCUCUCCAAGAAACUUUCUAUGAAGAAAACAAGAACCAAACAGAUUUCACAAGAUGAUCCUUUAGAGGACACCGCUAGCUCCCCCGUCAAUAGUCCAAGGGUGAGUGAUAUGAAUGCAAGAGAAAUGAUGUCAAGGAAGAUUGAUGAUCAACUUGAUGUCUCAAUUUCUAGGGGUAAGGGAUUUAAAUCAGAGCAUUAUCCAAAGGUGGAAACAAAUGAUUGUGACAUAAAUUUCAAUGGAAAAAAUGUUGAUUGUACAGGUUUGGAGAAAAAGGGACUAUGCUUGGUUCCUAUGUCCAUGUUGGUUAAUUAUUAUGGAUGAAUUAUUUGUUCUUUGUCUAGAAUCUCAUUUCUUCUUUAUUGAAAUCUCCAUUGAAGUGAAUUUGGGUUCAUAGCUUAAAUAAUCAUGUUGAAUUUGUAUAUAUACAUAGCAUGAUACUGAAAUAAUUGUACCAUAUCUAUCAUUCUUCUCAUGCUCAUAACUUGGAGCUGAGAAUUAAUGUUUCAUUUAUUAGUUAUUGAAAAAUAGUCUUAUUUAGAA